GCGUGCGUGGAAACUAAACAUUGCCACACUAGAAUUGAAGUGAGCUGAAUUUGUGCUCAAAAAUGGAUUUUAAAGAAGCGCUUUUCAUGAUGCUGCAAGCAACAUUCGUUUUUGUUACUGAAGGAAACUUAGUGGCUCGUUCGUCGUAUUUUCAGACAAGGGAGAAUAAGCAGCUUCUAGGGUAUGCUUUCAAACGGUUCAACUCUGCUAGUGUGUUGUCGUGCGGUCAAGAAUGUUUGAGAUCUCCGUCCUGUUCAUCCACAAACUUCAAGUUUUUCUCCAAGAAGGAAGAAGAAGGAACUUGUGAGCUGAACAAACACGACGUCACUGCUAUACACGAGAGCAACAACUUUGACUAUCAGGAAGGAGCGAUAUUUUCUAUUUUCCUAAAGGGAUGUUUGCUCGCCAGCUGCCUUAAUGGAGGAUCGUGUUUGCCUGACAAAGAAAAACGAACUUUUUCCUGCUCGUGCAAACUGCCUUGGACCGGGGACAGAUGCGAAAGUGAACUACUGACGUCUUGCAAGGAAAUACAUAACAAGAAAUUGUCCUCAUCAAACAAAGCCCACUUACUGAAGGUAGAAUCAGCAGAGGUUGCUGUGUACUGUCACAUGACUAACCUUGGUGCAUGCGGUGGAGGCGGAUGGACGUUGGUUAUGAAAAUGAAUGGCACACAGAGCACGUUUCAUUACAAUUCUGAUCUCUGGAGCAACAAUGAAACCUUCAAUCUAGAAGGAGGAAAGACUGGGUUUGACUUACAUGAGACUAAAUUACCAACCUACUGGGGUACACCCUUCAGCAAGAUCUGUCUCGGUAUGAAGAUCGGACAUCAAAUCAACUUCACCGUUAUCAAUAAGCAAGCUAGCUCUCUGCACUCACUGAUCGCUGAUGGAAACCACCGUAACACUUCACUAGGUCGUGACACGUGGAAGGAGCUGAUUGGUUCUCAAGCUUUCUUACAACCCAAUUGCAACAAAGAAGGGUUUAACGUUGUGACCGAAAAUAACGACACAAAGUGGCCAAAGGUGAGGAUUGGUAUCCUCAGCAACAACGAAGAUAACUGUUUCUCUUGUGAUUCUAGGAUCGGCUUUGGAGCAGAGUCGUCGAUGGACGUAAGAAAUAAUUCUUGUGGAAAUGAAGCUUCUAUAUCUUACGGAGAUACACACAUUAAGGCGAUGGGAUACAUCUUAGUCCAAUAAGAAAACGAAAUGGUACCAAAAAUCCAAGAUUUAUCUCUGACGUUUUUAAGGUCAGGCGCCAGUUCCGAGAGGAAAUUUGUUCGGCAGGGCAUCGAAAACAUGGGAAAGGCAAUAAAGAAAUGUGACAGACAAAAUUUGUAGACAAAAAGAUUUUAUUAGCUAAACUUUCUUGAGAGUGGCGAGAUUUUAGAAGCCAUUGCCCUCAAACUCCGAGCCGUAAACUCUGGAACAUAUUUAUGCCCAAGUUAAAUAAUGAUUAGUUAGUUGGUUGGUCAGUCGAUUUAAUUUAAUUUAAAUUUUAAGACUGCACGCACAAAAUGAUAGAGCCAAAUUAUAAUUAAUGUACGAUGGAUUGAAUCGUACCAAUGAUAGGAACUGUCCACCUUUCCCAUUAUCUUGUGCACGAAAUGUCUGAAUUCUUGAAACAUAAUGUUACCACGUAUCAUCAAUGCAUCGUCAAGGAUGGAUUUCAACUGCAACAAUAAUACAACUAUGUUAAAAAAAUUAUCAAAUACUUGUGAAAAAAUACUUCGUCUCGGCUAAGAGCCAUGCAAACUCGAAAUGCAUGUCGCUCAAACUUAAACUGUCGGCUGGUUGGUUCUCUAUCGCAGAAGGAGUCUCAACCGCAUGUUAACGAGUUACAAUUUAAACAACAAAAGUUGUCAAAUACUUGUGCAAAGAUACUGUUCAUGGCUGGCGUGACUACGUUAAUAAGAGUAACAAUUACAUGAAUCUGAUCUUAAGUGACAGCGAGAAAGUCGUUUCCUCUUCGUCAGCAAAAUGGUUGUUUUCGUUAAUGGACAUGCUAUGUUUGUUUAAUUAGUUCGCAGGUUCCUUCGUCUCUCCUUGUAGAGGAAAACAUGUUGUUGAUGGAAAUACACCAGGUGUUUCUCAGACAUUGCUGACCGUACCAUAACAAACUGGGUGAAUCAAACUGUUUGACGGCGUAUCCCAUCAACCUCUAAGGUUUCAAAUAAAAGAAAAAAGAGGAAUUUUGGGGUUGUCUUUGGCAGAAAACGUGCCGUAGUUCUCAAGAGAAAUAACAACAAAAUUUCCUUUUACGCAGCCAUACCUGCCUUUAGUUCAAGUUAACUGUAACAUUGUACUGAAUAUGAUUCCGUUGUUAAAGAACCUUUGAAAGUGUUCAUCCUAUCUUUCAAUUAAGUGCGAAUGGUUUGAAUUAACAAAAUGUUUUCCUUCCGGAUCUGGCUUCAGUUGCCAGACAAACAUUUUGACGGAGGGAAACUCGGCAGGAAAUGAAGAAUGCUGGGAAGAGUUUCGCUUCGCGUAGCUUAUUAAAGAUUGAGUUGAUGCACAUAAUAGUUUUAACACGUAUAGCGUGACAUUGAGAAAAUGUAGACGGUUUGACUCUUCUGGUUUGCCAUCAAGCAGUGAGAAAUUUCUUAGAAAUAGAUGGCAUUCUGCACAAGUUUUAAGCUGGACUCCAAGAAAGAUGUCAAAGGGACUUUGUGAUAAACACACACGUAAUUCCUACUGUUAAGGAAAAUAUUAACUCUGCUUAUAUGA